AUGAAGGACGAACGCGGGCCGGAUGCCGGCCACCACAAGAUAGAUGGCAUGGAUGAAGUGUCUCCGACAGCCGAACAUUCGGAGAAGCCAAGGCGCUCGAGUAUUUACGACAUCGAGGGCCGACCCCCAAAUAAGCUCAGCGCCGUCUUCAAGAACCCUCUAGAAGGCAUUCCCCGCCAGCAGCUCAUGGAGGAUGUGGACAGAUUUUGUGCCCAGUAUGGUCUGGAUGCCCAUAAAGAGCUUUUCCGUAAAGGAGCUCUGAUUUCGCAGAAUCCUCAGGAUGCCCACAAUAUCCCAGAGCUGACCGAGGAUGAGAGGGAGGCUAUUCGGCGCGAACACACGCAUAAAUGGUCGCAGCCUUGGCAGCUUUACUUCAUGGCGUCCAUGUGCUCGUUGGCCGCCGCGGUUCAAGGUAUGGACGAAACCGUCAACAAUGGCGCACAGGCCAUUUACCUCAAGGAACUCAAUAUUAAGAGCGAAUAUAUCACUGGUCUCGUUGUUGGCGCCCCCUAUCUGGCUUGUGCAGUUAUCGGCUGUUGGCUCACGGAGCCUAUGAAUAGAUACUUGGCACGGCGUGGUACUAUCUGGGUGUCUUGCUUCAUUGCUGCUGUGGCCUCAGUCUGGGAAGGUGUAUGUAACUCCUGGGUCAACCUGUUUAUCGCUCGCUUCGUUCUUGGUCUCGGCAUCGGUUCCAAAUCGUCUACGGUCCCCGUUUAUGCCGCCGAGUGUUCGCCCGCUCCGAUUCGAGGAGCGCUGGUCAUGAUGUGGCAGAUGUGGACCGCCUUCGGUAUCAUGUUGGGAAAUAUCAUGGGGGUUGCGUUCAUGGGCUUGCCGGACAACCUAUCGUGGCGUCUGAUGUUGGGCUCGACGGUGGUUUUGCCAUUAGUCGUCUGUGCGCAGGUUUACCUCUGUCCUGAAUCCCCUCGUUGGUUGAUUGAGCACAAUAAAAUCAACAAGGCCUACGAGGCUUUCCGCAUCCUUCGCCCUACAGACCUUCAAGCAGCACGUGACUUGUACUAUGCAUAUGUCGGUGUUGAGCUCGAAAGAGAGGUGAACAAGGGAAAGAACUUCUUCACUAUGUUUCUGGAGCUCUUCACAAUUCCCCGCAAUGCACGAGCAACACUUGCCACCUGGAUUGUCAUGUUUUUGCAGCAGUUUUGUGGGGUAAACGUCAUAGCCUACUAUUCAACUACAAUCUUUACGGAAUCAGGAUAUUCGAUCCAGGAGGCGCUGUUGGCGUCGAUGGGAACAGGUAUCCUGAACUGGGUUUUUGCGCUGCCGGCAUUCUUCACGAUCGACACAUGGGGCCGACGGAAUCUCUUGCUCUUUACCUUUCCUUUCCUUGCCAUCUGUCUUUUCUGGGCCGGCUUUUCGUUUUGGAUCGAAGAAGGGAUUAAAUAUAGCAGGAAACGCGUGGCCAUGGUGACAACAGGCAUGUACCUGUUCGAAGUAUUCUACUCACCUGGUGAAGGACCUGUGCCCUUCACAUACUCCGCUGAAGCCUUCCCACUGCAUGUGCGUGAAGUCGGCAUGUCCUGGGCUACCGCCACCACAUGGUGUUUCAACUUCAUCCUUUCAUUCACCUGGCCGUCACUCCUGCGCGCUUUCCAGCCGCAAGGGGCGUUUGGCUGGUACGCUGCGUGGUGUUUGGUUGGAUGGGUGCUUGUCUUGCUAUUCGUUCCGGAGACUAAAUCCCUCACCCUGGAGGAAUUGGAUCAGGUGUUCUCAGUCCCGACUAGGAAGCAUGCGAUGUACCAACUCAGGAAUGCGGCCUGGCAUUUCCGUGUCUGGGUUCUGCGGCAAAAGCUCGAGCCGUUGCCUAAGCUUUACGAAGGAGCGGAGCAUCUUUCGGAGACGGGAGAGAAGUAA